AUGAGACGCAUAAAAAGAUUCGUCUUGGCUCAAAGUACAGAGAAGGAUCCGAUUUGGAAGAGCUCCGAUAACCUGAUGGCUGAAAUACCGAAAAUGAACGGGGAAACGUCGACAGAACCGAUCUCCACACCGGAAUCAACGACCAAGGAGCAACAAUCGUCCACCACCGGAUUAACGCCCAGCAUGUCGCAGGGCACGGUGAUGAUUCAGACACAAAGCCGGUUACACGAUAAGGACUUCACUAUUGCCACACCUGAGGAAUUUGUUCACCGUUUCGGCGGUACCAGGGUUAUCAACAAGGUCCUGAUCGCCAACAACGGGAUAGCCGCUGUGAAAUGCAUGCGCUCGAUCCGACGAUGGUCCUACGAGAUGUUCAAGAACGAGCGCGCCGUGCGUUUCGUCGUGAUGGUCACCCCGGAGGAUCUGAAAGCGAACGCCGAGUACAUCAAAAUAGCGGACCAGUACGUACCGGUGCCAGGUGGCACCAACAACAACAAUUAUGCGAACGUCGAGCUGAUCGUGGACAUCGCUAUACGAACUCAAGUCCAAGCUGUGUGGGCGGGAUGGGGCCAUGCCUCUGAAAAUCCAAAAUUGCCGGAGUUGCUUCACAAAAAUAAUAUAUCUUUCAUUGGACCAUCCGAGAGAGCAAUGUGGGCUCUUGGGGAUAAAAUCGCAUCCAGCAUAGUAGCGCAAACGGCAGACGUACCAACACUGCCCUGGUCAGGCUCAGAAUUAAAGGCACAGUACAGCGGGAAAAAGAUAAAAAUAUCAUCGGAGCUUUUCAAAAAAGGCUGCGUUUCGACGGUGGAGGAGUGUCUGGCAGCGGCUAAUAAAAUAGGCUUCCCAAUAAUGGUGAAAGCUAGUGAGGGAGGUGGUGGGAAAGGUAUCAGAAAGGUGGAGAACGCUGAAGAACUACCUGCGUUGUUUAGGCAGGUACAAACUGAGAUACCUGGAUCCCCGAUAUUCAUUAUGAAAUUGGCAAAAUGCGCUCGCCAUUUGGAAGUUCAAUUAUUAGCCGACAAUUACGGUAACGCGAUAUCGUUAUUUGGCCGUGACUGCUCUAUCCAGAGGAGACAUCAGAAGAUCAUCGAAGAGGCGCCUGCUGUGAUUGCCAAACCCGAAGUCUUCGAAGAGAUGGAAAAAGCUGCUGUGAGAUUGGCCAAAAUGGUUGGAUAUGUCAGCGCAGGCACUGUCGAAUAUCUUUACGACACGUCCGGGCGAUAUUACUUUUUGGAAUUGAAUCCACGCCUCCAAGUGGAGCAUCCGUGCACCGAGAUGGUGUCCGAUGUUAAUUUGCCCGCGGCACAGCUUCAAAUUGCCAUGGGGCUGCCGUUGCAUCAUAUUAAGGAUAUUCGGCUUCUUUACGGCGAAAGUCCGUGGGGAGACAGCGUCAUUGAUUUCGAUCAACCGCGACACAAGCCUCAACCGUGGGGUCAUGUGAUAGCAGCGAGAAUCACCAGUGAGAAUCCUGACGAGGGUUUCAAACCGAGUUCGGGUACUGUGCAAGAACUGAACUUCCGGUCCUCGAAGAACGUUUGGGGUUAUUUUUCGGUGGGAGCCUCCGGCGGUCUCCACGAGUUUGCGGAUUCGCAGUUUGGUCAUUGCUUCUCUUGGGGCGAGGAUCGUAAUCAGGCUCGUGAAAACUUGGUCAUAGCUCUGAAAGAACUGAGCAUUAGGGGUGAUUUCCGUACUACCGUCGAAUAUCUGAUCACUCUGUUAGAAACUGAAUCCUUCCAGCAGAACAACAUAGACACUGCUUGGCUUGAUCUAUUGAUUGCUGAACGCGUUCGAAGCGACAAGCCGGACGUGUUAUUAGCCGUGACGUGCGGUGCGCUUCAUAUCGCCGACAGAACGAUCACUGCCGCCUUUACUGGAUUCCAAACAGCGUUGGAGAAAGGUCAAAUACAAGCCAGUAACGAUCUGGACAAUGUUAUCGACGUUGAGCUCAUUAACGACGGAUACAAAUAUAAAAUACAGGCUGCCAAAUCAGGCCCUAAUAGUUAUUUCCUUGUUAUGAACGGUUCCUACAAAGAGGUAGAAGUACACCGACUGUCCGAUGGAGGAUUGCUGCUCUCUCUGGACGGUGCAAGUUUCACGACUUAUAUGAGGGAGGAGGUCGAUCGUUACAGGAUUAUCAUUGGAAAUCAAACUUGCGUCUUCGAGAAGGAUAACGAUCCUUCGUUGUUGAGGUCACCGUCAGCCGGUAAACUGAUCAGCUAUUUGGUCGACGAUGGCGGCCACGUGAACGCUGGACAAGCCUACGCAGAAAUUGAGGUCAUGAAGAUGGUAAUGACAAUAACGGCGAGCGAGGCCGGCAGCGUUUUCUACGUCAAGAGACCGGGCGCUGUUCUUGAGGCUGGUACCUUGAUUGCUCAAUUGGAACUGGACGAUCCGAGUCUGGUGACGAAAGCCCAAGAGUACACUGGCAGAUUUCCAGAAACUGCAGCACCGGCCAUUUCCGAGAAGUUGAAUCACCUUCACGCCAAGUACAGAACCGCUUUGGAGAACACUCUGGGCGGUUACUGUUUGCCGGAUCCGUAUCACGUGCCCCGGGUACGAGAACUUCUUGAGAAGUUCAUGAACUCCCUACGUGAUCCUAGCUUGCCGUUGCUCGAGCUACAGGAGGUGAUCGCAACGAUAUCGGGGAGAAUCCCGAUCUCCGUGGAGAAGAAGAUCAGAAAAUUGAUGUCGCUGUACGAGAGGAAUAUAACUUCUGUUUUAGCUCAAUUUCCUAGUCAACAAAUCGCCGCUGUGAUCGAUGGGCACGCGGCGACGCUUUCCAAACGAUCUGAUCGCGACGUGUUCUUCCUAACUACCCAAGCUAUAGUGCAACUAGUGCAAAGAUACAGGAACGGAAUACGCGGAAGGAUGAAGACAGCUGUUCACGAACUUCUCCGGCAGUACUACACCGUUGAGAGCCAAUUCCAACAGGGGCACUACGACAAAUGCGUGUCAGCUUUGAUAGAUCAGUACAAGGACGACGUGGCAAUGAUAACCGCCAUGAUUUUUAGCCACAACCAAGUGACGAAGAAGAACGUUUUGGUAACCAUGCUGAUAGACCACCUCUGGGCGAAUGAGCCAGGUCUCACGGACGAAUUGUCGAGCACGCUGACGGAAUUGACAAGCUUGAAUCGUACGGAGCAUAGUCGCGUCGCUUUACGCGCAAGGCAAGUUUUGAUCGCGGCUCAUCAACCUGCGUACGAAUUAAGGCACAACCAAAUGGAGUCGAUAUUCUUGUCGGCGGUGGACAUGUACGGCCACGACUUCCACCCAGAAAAUCUGGAGAAACUGAUCCUUUCCGAGACGUCUAUUUUCGAUAUUCUUCAUGAUUUCUUCUAUCAUUCCAAUCGUACGGUUUGCAACGCUGCUCUGGAGGUUUACGUUCGCAGAGCUUACAUCAGUUACGAGUUAACCUGCGUGCAACACCUAGAGCUGUCGGGCGAAGUGCCACUCGUACACUUCCAGUUCCUCUUGCCCAACAACCAUCCAAAUAUACAGAAUCAGUCGUCGGUGAAUCACAGGACCGGAGCUAUGGCAGCUUUCCAAGACAUGGAUCAGUUCGUUCGUUAUUCCGACGAGGUCUUCGAUCUCCUCGAAGACUUGUCCUCGGUUACCUCAGCGUCAGCCAAAGUUCUAGCAGAGGCGGUGGACGCAGCUGCAAGCGAGUCGAGGCACAGCACGUCCAUAAACGUGUCUCUGAGCACCGCGGAAAAUACUACCGGCGCGGUGGAGCUGAGCGAACGGCCCGCAGAGCCGGUACAUAUUCUGAGCAUCGCCGUCCAAGAGAAGGAGAACCAGGACGACGCCGCGAUGGCAAAACUCUUUGGCGAUUGGUGCGCCGCGAACAAAGAGGAAUUAAUCUCGCGGGACAUAAGAAGGAUAACGUUCGCUGUGUUGAAGAAAAGGCAGUUCCCGAAGUUCUUCACAUACCGCCACAGGGACGGUUUCAUCGAGGACAAGAUUUAUCGACACCUGGAGCCUGGCUGCGCUUUCCAGCUGGAAUUGAACCGAAUGAGAACUUACGAUCUCGAAGCGUUGCCGACCUCCAAUCAAAAGAUGCACCUUUACCUUGGCCAGGCGAAGGUCGCCAAGGGGCAACAAGUCACCGAUUAUCGUUUCUUCAUUCGCUCUAUCAUAAGACAUUCCGAUCUUAUCACGAAGGAGGCCAGCUUCGAUUAUCUUCACAACGAAGGUGAACGCGUGCUACUGGAGGCUAUGGAUGAACUGGAGGUCGCGUUCUCGCAUCCGCUUGCCAAGCGUACGGAAUGCAAUCACAUAUUCCUGAACUUCGUACCGACGGUCAUUAUGGAUCCAGUGAGAAUAGAGGAAAGCGUGACCAGCAUGGUGCUGAGGUACGGCCCGAGAUUAUGGAAGUUACGUGUACGCCAGGCUGAGAUCAAAAUGACAAUUCGGCCAGCACCGGGCAAGCCAACGUCUAUCAUACGUUUGUGCAUUGCCAACGACAGCGGUUACAGUAUAGAUUUACACCUUUACACGGAGGCAACCGAUCCAAAGACUGGUAUCAUUCGUUUCGAAUCUUACCCCUCGUCGACGGCGAAUGGUACUUGGAGGCCGGGCCCUAUGCACGGCCUUCCAAUAUCCACGCCAUAUCUAACCAAAGAUUAUCUUCAAGCGAAACGGUUCCUGGCGCAAAGUUCUGGCACAACGUACGUGUACGACUUGCCGGACAUGUUUCGACAGCAGGUCGAGAAGUUCUGGCAUAAAUAUAUAGAGGAGAGGCCGCAAUGCAAUAUUACUAUUCCAAAUCCUGUGAUGGAUUGCGUAGAGUUAGUAUUAGAAGGUGACAACUUAGUGGAACAAAAGAGACUACCUGGCGAGAACAAUAUUGGCAUGGUCGCUUGGAGACUGAGGCUUUACACGCCAGAGUAUCCAGUGUCUGGUCGGGACAUUAUACUAAUUGCGAACGAUUUGACUCAUCUGAUUGGUUCGUUCGGCCCCAAGGAAGACUUGGUAUUCUGCAGAGCGUCUGAAAGAGCUAGACAGCUUGGAAUUCCUCGGAUAUACUUCUCCGCAAAUUCCGGGGCUCGUAUCGGUCUGGCAGAGGAAGUGAAAGCGUUGUUCAGAAUUGCCUGGGAAGACGAGAGCGAGCCUGAAAAAGGAUUUAAAUAUAUAUAUCUAACGCCAGACGAUUACGCGCGUUUAGCACCGCUCAAUUCAGUGAAAACUUCGUUGAUCGAAGAUAAGGGAGAGUCUCGUUAUAAAAUUACCGACAUCAUCGGUAAAGACGAUGGUCUUGGUGUAGAGAAUCUGAAAUACGCCGGUAUGAUCGCCGGAGAGACAUCAAGAGCCUACGAUGAGAUUGUCACAAUCUCCAUUGUAUCCUGCAGAGCCAUUGGCAUUGGUGCUUAUUUAGUACGUCUUGGACAAAGGGUCAUUCAGAUAGAAAAUUCACACAUCAUUUUAACUGGUUAUAAAGCGUUGAAUACUGUGUUAGGUCGCGAAGUGUAUGCCAGUAAUAAUCAAUUAGGUGGUAUACAAAUCAUGCAUAACAAUGGGGUAUCACAUGCAACUAACGCGAGGGAUCUAGAAGGUGUUGCCACUGCUAUAAGGUGGUUAAGUUACUGUCCCAAGUUUAAGGGAGCGCCCCUUCCUGUAUUAUCAGCACCGCUUCCUGAUCCGAUCGACAGAGAAAUCAUGUAUGUUCCUACGAAGACAGCCUAUGAUCCAAGAUUCAUGCUCGAAGGUAGAAUACAAAAUGGUACAAACUACUGGGAAAGUGGAUUCUUUGAUCGUGGUUCUUGGCAGGAAAUUAUGAGGCCAUGGGCUCAAACUGUGGUAACUGGGAGAGCAAGAUUAGGUGGAAUUCCUUGCGGCGUUAUUGCAGUAGAAACAAGAACGGUCGAGUUGCAUUUACCUGCUGAUCCCGCUAAUCCCGAUUCAGAAGCUAAAACGAUAUCUCAGGCGGGACAAGUGUGGUUCCCAGAUAGCGCGUACAAAACUGCUCAGGCUAUCAAAGAUUUUGGAAAGGAAGAGCUUCCACUUUUUAUUUUUGCUAAUUGGAGAGGAUUCUCUGGUGGAAUGAAAGAUAUGUACGAGCAAAUCAUCAAAUUCGGUGCUUAUAUCGUGGACGGAUUAAGAGAAUAUACCAAACCAAUAUUUGUAUAUAUUCCACCAAAUGGAGAAUUAAGAGGUGGUGCUUGGGCUGUUGUUGAUCCGACGAUAAAUCCUCGCUAUAUGGAAAUGUUUGCUGAUAAUACAAGCAGAGGCGGAGUUCUAGAGGCUAGUGGAAUAGUAGAAAUCAAGUUUAGAGCUAAAGACAUACUUAAAGCUAUGCAUAGGGUUGAUACAGUAAUACAGAAACUUAAAGAAAAUCUAUCUAAUGCAAGUUCAGCCGAGGAGAGAACAGACAUUGAAAAUCAAAUUCGUGAGAGAGAACAACUUUUGGAGCCUAUGUAUCAUCAAAUUGCAGUACAUUUUGCGGAUCUUCACGAUACGCCGGAGAGAAUGUUUGAAAAAAAUACCAUUCACGAUAUUAUUCCAUGGCGAAAAGCACGCAAACUGCUUUAUUGGCGACUUAGAAGAAGACUUUUGGAGGAUGAAAUAAAGAACGAAAUUCUUUCAACUCAACACACUCUAGAUGUUAGACAAAUCAGUGCAAUGUUGCGUAGAUGGUUCAUAGAAGACAAAGGUGCCACAGAAUCUUAUUUGUGGGAUCAAGAUGAAGCUGCAACAAAUUGGUUAGAGAAUCAACGUAAAGACGAGAACAGUGUUGUUUCACGUAACAUUACGUGUGUAAAACAAGACGCAGUCGUUUCUCGAAUCAAGGAAGCCCUUGAAGCUUGUCCAGAAGUAAGAUUAAAUGCAAUUUUAGAAAUUGCACAUAGAUUACAGCCAGCAGAACGUACGGAAUUGCAAAGAACUUUGUCACAGAUAGAAACGACUACGCAGGAACACCACAAUGAUUCAAGUGCUUCGUCCUAAUGUUUCUCUAAAUUUAAAAAAAAAAAAAAUAUCUUGUCUAUUUGCGUACCUGGUGUAUGUAGCUCUAUUAGCAUUAAUUGUACAGACACUUGUUAUUCUUGUUAAUAGCAAAUUGUACGGGAGUAGUAUAAUUUUCGGAAAGUUAAUAAUUGUUUCUAUCGAUAGCGUUACUUGAUGAUAGAAAGUAAACGAAUUCGUGUCUUAUUAAAGUUCAAUGAUGGUGAUGCUAUCGAGUAUCAGACAGUAUCACUGCCAUCUCCUAAACCGUGGCGAAGUGUGCCCUUUGUUCAUAAUAAGUGUAUUCAUGAAUAUAGAAAUUAUAUUGCAUAUAUACGUACAUACAUAUAUAUAAAUAAAUAAAUAAGUAAUAUAUAU